AUGGAUCAACCACAAUCCCCAUCCAAUACCAUGUUUAUGAAAAGGCUAUCCACAAUCAAAUGCACUGCUCCUAUAUUGAUAGCACUUUCAAUCGUAUCAGCAAUCUUUGCCUUCUUAGGCUAUUUUAAAAAUAACAAUUUUGAAUUUCUUAUUUUAGCAAUCUUUGAUAUUAUUCUUAUUCCCAUUUUGAUAUUAACAUUAUACUUUGUUUUCACUCUCCAACUCGACGAAUUUGGUAAUCCUCAAGAGAAUAAUACAUCAUAUAUAAUAUAAUUUGGAUUGCAAAGUAUUACAGCAAUUAUCUUGGGAAUCAUUAUCACUAUAAUUCAAUACAAGAAUCACUUGGCUAACAUUUGGUUUGUUGGACUUUAAAUAUUCAAAUUGGUGUUUUUGGUCUAUUUGAUCAAUAAAACAAAAUAAUUUAGCAAAAAAUAAAAUGGAAUUCAUAGAUUCACAUUAGCAUUCUCAGUUUUAUUAAACAUUUUGUUUUUGUUGUUUGCUGCAACCAAUUUCAAAUUCUUAGUCUAUCUAAUAAACAACCAAGUCUUUACCCUAGACCACAACAACACCAUUGUUUUGUUCAUGCAAUAUGGUUUAUUUGCUUUAUUAAUGGCCACAAUCUUAAUCAGCGUUAUCCUCAUUUUCAGAGUUUAAAACUAUUUCUUGAUUGUAGCCUUCCUGAUAGUAGCUGCCCUAUUCAUAGCUGCCACUGCUAACGGAAUGAUGAUCCGACAAUACUCAAUACUACAGAAUGAUUUAUCCACUUAGAAAGGCUGUAGAUAUGCGCUUCAAAGUCUUGGAGUUUAGACAGUUAAAUAAUUUUUAACAUGUUCAGAAAAGUACUUAAAUGAACGACAAUCACCAUAUUUGCCAUGUCCUUAAGAAAAUCAAUCAUAUCUGUGGGAAUCAAAUAUGGAUUAAAUCGCAUGCAUUAAUUUGGAUUGUUGUGACUCGCUCAAAGAUUUUCUUAGUAAACCUCUAUAUCAUUUAACUGUUUGGGUUAACAUUAUAGUUGCUAUUGGAAUAAUUUAGGCAUUUAAUACAGCUAUGCUUUCAAAAUUUGAUGUUGGCAAUAAGGAAUAAAAUGUACUCACAGAUUUGCUCAUGUUAUUGCUAUUUUUUGGAUUAUUCUUUGGAAUAAUUGCAAUCUACAAUUCUAUUUCACCUUAAUAAUUAUAAUUACAAGAUUAAGUCGUAUCCUAGCCUUUGCUUUUGAAUUAACUAACAGUUCUUGAUGCGCCGACAUAUAAGUAUUUCAAACCACAGAAAACUUUUGGUUCUUAGAUGUCAAGCACUGAUAUUUGUGAAUUAGCCACAAAUUUGAUGCUUACAAAAGUUAAUUUAUAACCUAAAGAUGAUUUUAAGAAACCUGGUAUCUUACUUGGAAUUUAAGGUAUGGGAGGUUCAUUUCUAAUAAAUAACGAAAUUAAUUUAAACGAUUUCAAGAUUUUGACAACCGAUGAAUUAAUCACUAAAGCAUUCCCUAAAGCUAAUAAACCAGGAUAGGAUGUUAUCAUUGUUGAAGGAUCUCUGGCUUCUGUAAGUCAUUUUAUCGGAUCAUGUUUAUAAUUUUGUUCUGAUGAACCUGAAACUGCUGAUUUCACCAUCUUAUAAGAGUUUUAUGAAAUGGAGAAUGAUAAGAAAAACAGAGUAUUAAGCAUUGAUCCAUAAUUGUAAUAAUAAUUUAGUAAAAUUGUACCUUAUUUGUAAAUAACUGCAAACGUUUAGAAUAGCGAGGAUUUUACAUCAAUAGCUGAUGCUGAUGGAAAACUAUUCUAUGGAAAGUUUGUUUAUACUACAUGUUAGGUUAUGGAUUAAGUUGAAUCUCCAUUUUUAUCAGCCAUAUCUGACCUCAACGGAUAACUUAAUUAUUUUAGAGUAGCUACUAAAUAAGUGUAUACAUUAUUAGUCAAGAAAGCAGGAUAUAAAAAUGCCUGUGCUCUUGUUGAUUUAACAGAACAAUCUCCAAAAACAAAUAUCUAUGUUAGAAUGGUGAAAGAAGUGAAAAAGCAUUCAAUGAAGAUUACUUUAGAAUGGACAUCAAAAAGUCUUAAUUUGGAUUUAUAUGGUUAAUUCAAAGGAGAAAACUUUAUUUGUUUAACAGGGUCUAUUUCUAAAUCUUGUGGUGGAAUGAGUUUAUAAACUAAAAACGAGAGAGAUUAACAUAUUGAAAUUUUAACUAUCGAUUAAAUACAACCUUUUACUUAUUUGAUUUUUGUUAAAAGAUUCAUGGAGAGAACCUAAGCAUUGGAUGAAAAAGUAGUAAACGUUUAAGAUUGGAUUGAAUCUAAUCCUGUUGUUACUAUAUACGUAUAUGAAUUAGACUAUCCUCUUGUUCAAUAUAGAUUGCCAUCAAUACCAAAUUCUUUUAGAGAUAAAAUUGACUUCACUUGGUUGGCAUUUUAAUUUGAUGGCUAGGUCGGUGAUGGACCAAUUGAACUCAAAACUUAUUGGUCAGAAAUAUCAAAUGAAAGCAUCAAGAAUGGCAAAUCCUAUAAAAAUAAAUUUUGGCCUUCUCCUGUUACAAUAGAAAACAAGUGA